UAGGUAAGUAUGGGGAAUCCACAAAGCAAAUCUGCGGAACAUACAACAGCGUCAGGUGUACCUAGAGAUGGGCUGACACUUGAACCGUCUGGACAACCGGUUCUUCCGGAUAAUGAACUUGUGGGUACUGAAGGUGUAGGAUAUCAGAUGGCUGGGACAAACGUUGUUGAUAAUCACCCUAUUGGUCCAGGUAUGAGGCUGUGCGGAUAGAGUACUCAUCAUUUUAUUCUCUUAAGUUCGUGACUUUAAUCUCAGUUACUUGUAUGAACCAUGCUCCAGGCCACUCGAUACCUGAACAGACCGCAGACCCGGUUGUUCCCCAACCCACUGAUGGUGAUAUCACAUGUGUUCAGCGGCCUCCCGAUCUGAACUCAGAUGUUCUUGAUGUGUCUCCUAUUGAUGGAGGAAUACACCUGUACACUAUGUCAACUGCUCAAGAUUUAUCCCAAACCGUUUCAACAUCCGAGCACAUGACUACAGGAUCUUUCGAGAAUGUCACCAAACAAACUAAAAAAGGUAUCUUAUCUGAUGAAAAAAGGGAGCAGAUAAACGCCAAGAGGCGAGCUAAUUAUCGGCGGAAGAAAGAGGAGGAAGCAAAGAAACUUGAGCAUGAAAGUCAAGCUUACCUUUCAACAUCUGAUCAGUCCAUCACUGAACAGACCGCAGUUGUUGUUGUUCCUCAACCCACUGAUGGUGAUGUCACAUGUGUACCGCGGCCUUCCGAACUGAACUCAAGUUAG